CUUAGUUCUCCUGAUUGGACCUUUCAUCCUUUUGCGUAUUCUUAGUCACGUACAUCAUCACGCUCUUGUGAAUGGGACCCUGAAUGUCUGGUUUCCAAUAUUCUCUUCCUCCCAUAGUUGUUCAUCCAUUUCCUCAACCUGUCUCAGCUUUAUCGUUUGAUCCCGUCUCUGACACGCUCUGGGCAGGCUCGGGGACUGGGUACGUUUCUGCUCACCACGGAACCAGCGGACUCCGGGGAGUUUGCUUUCGAGCAGGUGAUCAUGCAGUUCAGAAGAUAGUUGCUGGUGACAAUCAAGUUAGAGCUGCCAGCAUGGGAGGCCUAGGUGUUGGCUCGUGGGCGAAAGGGGGCAUGAAUAAAUGGUACUACAACUCGUCCUCGGCGAUAGCAACCUUCGCCGCAUCUUCUAGCUUCCCUGGCGUUGCAGUCUCGACAGUCGACAUGGACUUGUUGAUGUUGAAUGCGAUGACUGGCAGCGUUCUUAGGCAAAUACAAUUGCCCUCGCUCGUGACACAGAUGGUAUACUCGAACUCCCUCUUGCUGUCAGGGGCAGCAGAUGGUUAUUUGAGGGCUCAUGAUCCACGGACUGGUCUCAUGCGCAAUGGAGGCUCAGAAAGCUCAGUGAAGGCUCACUACAGCAGCAUACGAGGCCUCGAGGCUCUCGGAAAUUUUGUAUUCACGAUCGGCCUAAGCCUGAGACAAUCGCAUCCCUUCCCGGACCCUCUGGUUAAGGUGUACGACCUACGAAACAUGCGAGCGCUUCCGCCCAUUCCGUUCUCCGCCAGUCCUACUUUCAUUUCGGUCGUACCGAAUAGAUCUUCAAGUAUUGCUAUCGCUUCGAAUCAAGGUUUGAUCAAUAUAGUGGAUGUGACGAAUCCUGGAGCGGUCAAUGAGUUUUAUCAGCUGAACUUAACUUCUUACAUCACAUCGAUCGCUAUUUCUCCUACGAGUGCUUAUCUUGCGUGUGGAGACGCAGAAGGCGCAAUCUAUCUUAGAAGUCAAGCAGAAGAUACUCAAGAUGUUCCACUGAACGGUUUCGAAGGACGUCCAAUCGAAUGGGAGGAUACUCAUGAACCUCUUCCCGAUAUUCAAUGGCAGGAUUCAACGCCGUUGAACGCCAUUGGAAUGCCCCACUAUAAAUCACAGUUAUUGUCGGCAUGGACUCCACAGUUUUCCCUCUCAACCCCGGCGUAUCCGCCACCCCAGAAAAUACCCCCGCAAGUUCUGAACACUAUAAAGACCAAUGAUAAUGUUGCCUACGCACCUUUGCCCAAAGAACUUCAGGGAAAGAGAAAUAUGGUACCCUCAGCUCCUCGAAAGAGUAACGGUCGUUUCCGUAGCGGCAAAGCGCGUACUGGCGAGGAACCGGAAACCCCGAUGGAUUAUAUGGCGGAUGACAUUCCAAAAGUGUAUAGACUUGUGGAGAUCGAGUAUUCGAAAUUCGGUGUGGAAGAUUUUGACUUUGGGUUCUAUAAUAAAACUGAGUUCAGCGGACUGGAAACUCACAUUCUCAACUCCUACACCAAUCCCCUUGUCCAAAUAAUGCACUAUUGCAUUCCUAUUCGGCGUUUGGCCAAGUCACAUAUCACCACGAAUUGUUCAAGGGAGCACUGUCUUCUUUGUGAGCUUGGAUUCGUUGUACGGAUGCUUGAAGACGCUCGUGGAACUAACUGUCAAGCAAGCAAUUUCUGCAGGGCUGUUGGUGUGCUGGCUCAUGCGUCCAAUUUUAUCGACCUCAUCGAUUACGGUCGAGAAUCACACGAAGUCGAUUAUGCGCAAAAGAUUCAGUCAUUCCACCGAUUCCUUAUUGACCACAUUGGUUUAGAGGGUAACACCUUUCCACAGAAUCCCUCAAUCGUAAAAGAUACGUACACAAGCCUCAGCAGAGUCCCUGCGCCAAUCACUCAACUACUUGGGCUCGAUGCAAAAACCCUUAUCACCUGUCUGCACUGCAAGGCAACAAGAGAGAAGGAGAAUAUGUCUCAUAUCAUUGAGCUGAGCUACCCUCGCAAAGCGCGGGCAAACGAUUCACCGACGGACUUCCCUACCAUACUUCGACAAUCCCUGUUACGGAAAAUGACUCACAAAGCGACUUGCCAAACCUGCAAGCACCUUGCAACAUUCUCUUCUCGCCGAACGCUACCGACGAAGGGUUUACCUCUCAUUAUGGCUAUAAAUGCCUGUGUCAAUACGGAAGACGAUAUGUCUCACUGGAUAGAUCAUCGUGGUCAAACCCUCCUCAAGCCCUUUGUUGAGGUAAAUGGACACCUUGAAGAAGGAGAUGAUCCUCAAGUAGCCACAUAUGAACUUCGGGCAUUAGUUCUGCAAAUUGUCUCCUCUGACCAACAUCCACAUUUAGUUGGGAUAAUUAAAGUUCCCGAGGCAGAAUUUCAGCACGAAACUGGUAGUCCGUGGUAUAUCUUCAACGACUUCGUCGUCAGUAAUAUAUCACAGGAGGAAGCAUUGAGUUUCCCAGAUCGCUGGAAGAUUCCUUCAGUGUUGUAUUUGGAGCGUGUUGACACCCGGGACACUCUAGAUUUGAGUGGUCUCCCAGAUCUUAUUGACCCGACCAUAUUGUGUCAGGAUACCUCGAUUUCCUUGAAUCGCGAUCCUGCGUUGAUAAAACACAAAUGUCUAUCCCACGACGAGCUACCUAGACCUGGGACUCUGAUCGCCAUAGACGCGGAGUUCGUUCAGAUGCAGCAGGAAGAUACCGAGUUCAAAUCAGACGGUACCAAGAAAGUCAUUCGACCUGCUCGACUGAGCCUUGCUAGGGUCUCGGUGCUACGAGGGGACGGGCCCGAGCAAGGUCUCCCUUUCAUAGAUGACCAUAUUCACACAAGUGAGGCUAUUGUUAACUACCUUACCGAAUUUUCCGGGAUUCAGUUCGGUGAUUUGGAUCCCAUCCAAUCGCCGUAUACUUUGACGCCACUAAAAGUCGUCUACAAGAAACUUCGGCUCCUUGUUGACCGUGGUUGCAUCUUUGUAGGCCAUGGAUUGUCUAAGGAUUUCCGAAUAAUCAAUAUAUUUAUUCCGCCAGAACGUGUGAUAGAUACUGUGGACCUGUAUUUCCUGAAGGCUCGACAACGUCGUCUAUCAUUACGAUUCUUGGUUUGGUUUGUCCUCGAUGAACAUAUACAAACGGACACACACGAUUCUAUCGAAGACGCGCGUUCGACAUUGAACCUGUACAAAGCUUACCAAGAAUUUGAAGCACAAGGUGUAUUCGACCGGAAGUUGGAGGAGCUUUAUAAGGAGGGAAGACAAUACAACUUCAAACCACCACCACCGGCGCAGAUAGAAGGGAUGCAAGACACGGCGACAACAUUUGCUCAACUGAACCUGGAUCGCAGCAACCCGCAAGCACAUGGAUAUCUGCUCAGUCAAGCCCAAACGCCUGUAUCCAUUCCAUUCAAUCCUUCUCGACAUACAAAUUACAGAUCCUGAAACCGACGUUUU